ACUGAGUGCCGGGGCAAAAUAGUAAACAAUUGAAUAUUGUGGCAAAUGUUAUUUUGUUUUUAUUUUAUGUUUCGGCAUAAUAACGUAACAAAAUUAACGAAAUGUGCAUUAAAUUAGAGAAGGAAACGUUGAAUUAACUAGGGAACCCGCUUGAGCUUUGGUUAAUGCGCCUUGUCAACGUGUAGUCCGUGGACAGCGACAAUGUUUAAGCUAGAGUCCUACAUAACACCAAUUUUGCUAAACUACGUGGCGAAAUAUGUUAACAUACGCGACGAAGAUGCACAGGUGUCGCUGUGGGAGGGCGAGGUAUCAUUUCAGAAUUUGGACCUGCGCUUGGACGUGCUCGAGGAGGAGAUGAAUCUGCCAAUUGAGCUCGUCUCCGGGCACAUACACGAGCUGUCCAUCCAAGUGCCGUGGACAAAGCUAACAUCGGAGCCGGUGCGCAUUGAGAUCAAUACGAUUGAGUUUGUGGCCAAGUUGCCCAACGAGGAGAGCAAACAGCGACGUACCGUUCUGCUGCAGGAACAGCGUCGCAAACGCGAUGCAGCCGAGGCCGAGGAGCAGCAGCAGCAGCAGGCCGCCGCCAGCAUUCCCGGCGUUGUCAACAAAAUCAUCAACAAUAUCAACUUGCAGUGCCACAAUAUCAUUUUGAAAUACGUCGACGAUGACAUUGUGGUCUCCAUGAAUGUGCAGUAUUUGAACUUCAGUGCCGCCGACGAGAGGUGGCAGCCAGCCAUGGUGGAUGUGAAUCCCGUCAACGUGCUUAUGCGCAAGCUGCUGCAGGUAUCCGAUCUGACCAUAUGCCUGGACAAGCGCAACACGGCCGGUCGUAUUGAGGUGUGCCAGGAGCCCGUUCUAUACCGUUGCACAUUGGAGCUGCGUGUGCUGCGGAAACACAACGUGAAUACGAUGAGCACGUCGAGCACGACACGAAUCGGGGUCUUCACCAAAUCGCUGGACAUCAAUGUGUCGUCGAUGCAGCUGCCCAUGGUUAUGAGGCUGGUUAAAAUGCUGCUGGAGCUGAAGCCCGCUGAAAUUGAGGAGGAAAUCUUUAGCUUGGAGGAGACGCCAGUGGCGCCGCCACCACCCAAUGUCGGCGGCUCGAAUCUGGUUUCCAGCGAUGUGGUGACAACUUCAUUAUUUUCACGGGCAUGGAGUCUGUUCCCCAGCUUCGAGACGCCACCGACCUCGGCAACCGUCGAGGAUCCCGUCGGCCAUGCCUUCGAUGUGGGCGUCUAUGCGGAAGAAUUGAACUUUCAGCUCAAGAACUCGGAGCUGAUCAACGACCAGGCCAUGGGCGGCAUCAAGCGCAUACGCUAUACGCCAAUUCUGCGCAUCAGCCUGGGCGGCAUCUACUACGAACGGUCGCAGCUCAAGGAGAGCGACUGGACGAAUGUGAGGGCGGGCCUGUCCAGCAUUUGUAUGGAGCCCCUGGGCGUCUAUCGCAGCGAGGAUCCCAUGGAUCGCAGCCUGGUCAACACCAAGCAGUUCCACAACGAGCGCGCAUUUAUCGACAAGAGUUUGUUCGAUGAUCAAUACACGUUCGCGGACCGCAGCUGGUCGAGUCACAAUCACGACGAUUAUUUCGCCCGCAACACCGACGAAUAUAUGCUCUUUCGCAGUCCGGUGCUCGCCUUCGACAUUGUCGAGUGUCGUGCGGCGCGGCCCGCUCGGGCUACGCCGGAGUCGCAGCUGAGAGAUUUGGGGCUGCGCGUCAAAUAUCGUGUGCUGUCCGCGGGGAUAACAUUCCAUUUUACGCAGUCGUUUCUACAGGUUAAAAAUGUAAUUAGUGAUUUAUUUCGUCCUUACGAUUACACAGGAUAUCAUGCAGAGACCGUAAACGACAGUCCCGUGAGCAAAGAAGAGGAGUACAAGAAUCGGUACAUGACCUAUGCCGAUUUCGAGUACCUGAUGGGCUUCAUGCCCAUGUGCAACUAUAAGAUCGAGCUGCGCGACAUGACCGUCAAGUUCUAUCCGCGUCAGCAGAGCGACGACAGCUCCACGGCCGCCAAUCAGCAUCGCUUGACCACCACGGUCAAUCAAUCGCUGCUGCCGUAUCUGCAGCUUAGGCUGGCCUUCGCCGAGGGCGUCAUUUGCGGCCCGGCCAAUCCGCAGCGUCUGGUGCAGCUGAUCACCCAUCUGCAGGACAAGCCGCGCGAAAUAAUCGAAUCCUGCUACAAUGCGUACACGUUCAAUGUCAAGAAUUUGUCGCUGAUGGCAAUCAAUACGACGUCGACAAUGGGCACGGCCAAGCUGCUGAAUAUACCCAGCAUGCAGGUGCAGUUCAAGAUCCUACUCUUGCCCGAAUAUUGGCGUCGAAAUGUGGCCGCUUUGGAGACGGCUGAAAUCCAAUCGGAGCUGAUUAACGUAGAGUUCUCCAAGCGCGAACUUGUGCUUACGACACGCGUCAUACCACUGAUAUUGGGCUACAAUGCGCCUCAGCUGGGCGCGUUGGCCAAGCUGGUGGCGCAGGCCAACAAAUCCUCGGAUGUGAUCAAGCUGCAGACGCUCAUCACCAAGGUGCGCCUCAACUAUCGCAAAUACCACACGCAUCUGGCCAUGUUGUUCUCGUUGCGCAACCUCAGCACCGACGUCUACCACACGAUGAUGAACAUCCGAAACGUUGUGUUGUCCACGAAUAAGGGCUUCGCCAACAAAUGGCUGGAGCUGCAGCUGCAGCUUCCACUUCAGGACUCGACGCUGCCGGACUCGACGCUGACGCCCGCCAAUGCCGUUUGCCUCUGGAUCGAAAGUUUCCGCAUCACUCUCGACAUCUAUUUGCUGCAGUUUCUCAACUCUUUUGCGAAUCCCGAGCCGUGCAUUGAUAAUGAAAUGGAGACCGAGUGUGAUUUGUUCAGUCUGUCCGAAAAGCAACCGUCGCAUUCGAACUUUUCGAUGGCGUCGGUGCCAAAGUUGUCGCAAAUUGAGGUGAAUAUGCGUCGCCUCAGCCGGACGAAUAGCCGCAAGAUCUCUGUGCCCGCGGAGACGAUACAUGCGAGCUCCGAGCGCGACGAGAAGCCGACGACGACGACGCAUAUGGAGCCUGUAAAAGCGGCGGCACCCAAAACCGAAUCGAGCGGCGACCAGACAAACGAAUUGAUCCAGUUGAUGAAGCGCCUGAGCACGAUAGUUGUGGUCAUGGAGAUGACAAAGGUGCGGAUCGAUAUAUGCGAGAUGAUGCUGCGCCGGGCCAACCAAAAUCUGGACGUGGAGUACACAACGAUUCAGCUGGCGCGCAUGAAGAUCAAGUCGAGCCACGCGGACGAGGUGCUGCGCGGCAACAUACGCACCGUCAUCAAUGUGACGAACAAUGCGGAGCUCUGCAACUGGGUUAUGGAGCUGAAUGAUUUCUCGGUCUGCUAUCGGCUGGGCGCCAAAGCCGAGAUGAUUGUGGCGCCAGUGAGGACAACAAUCACGCUGGCGCUGUCCCACAAGCUAGUCGAGCAGGCGACGCCAGCGCAGGAAUCCAACUCGAACAGCAGAAAGGAUUCAUUUAUCGAGGAAUCCAAAAUUGAGGGCCAGUCCGGCGCCAAGAAAGUCGAGUGGCAGGAGGAGCACGAGCAGGACGAAUCACCGAGCAUCUACUCGAUCAAUGUGCACGUGGACAUGUCAGCCAUAAACAUCUUUGGACGUCAUCUAAAACUUCUGCAUGAUCACUGCGAAAUCGUUCACGCGGUUUAUAGUUCGCUUCUCGCGCUGAGCGGAGGUUCCUGCAAACCGAAUCGAGUUGAGCGCAAGUCCAGCCUGGAGAUUUACACGGGCAGCGCACAGAAUUAUGCCGUGCUCAAGGAGUUCCUCGAACUGGAUGCCAACUUUAAGCCGCCUGCAAAUAGUCCGGAUCCCAAAGCGGCGGCCUCCUUGAUCUUCUUUUGUCAGUGGACUAUUCCGCGCAUUUCCCUGGAAGUGGUGGGAUUUUGUGAUCGAAAGCAUCGCAAGCUGUUGCUCAGCUUUGAGGAUCUGCUGCUGAAUGUGGACAGGCAUGAGGACUUUACCAAGAUCACCACCAAAGUGGAGAACUUCACGCUCAACUAUUACGAGGCAAUUGUGCUCGAUGAGUGGCGUCUCAUGGACGACUUUCACAUCAAAAUGCUCGGCGACAAUACGAAUUUGCCGCUAAUCAACAUCGUCGUUACGACUGUCAGCCUGCAGGAUCUGCACUCGAAAAUUGGUGCUCGCAAUCUGCUCGACAAACGUCGCACAAUCUCCGAGCUGAUCAUCGAGGUGCAGCCGAUUGAGAUGAUCUUGCAUGUGGAUCGCAUUAGCGAGUUUCUGAUAUCCCAAUGCGAGCUGUUCGAAAUAAUGCGCAGCGGUGCACCCAAAGAGGUUGCAAUAACCCAACCGGAACCGGUUAAGGAUAGCAUUACGACGGUGCAGGAUCUGCCCAUGGUGCAUCUGAACAGCAAGGGCAUAUUUAUCUAUCUGCCCGUCGAGUCGGAGAAGAGCUGCUGCAGCGUGCUGCUGCUGCGGAUCGAAAGCAUUAAGCUGACGCCGAGCGUGGAGAAUCCGCUGGUGCGUCAGCCCAUACGCCCGGAUGUAUACAACAAGGCGGCGGAGCUGAAUAUGCUGAGCACGCCGGGCGCCCGCGUCGAGGAUCGCCAGUACGAGCUGAGCGUGCGCAAGAUUUCGCUCUCCUCGGGCAACUGGCUGCAGACGCAAAAGUAUCGCCUGGAGGCGACUCUAACGAAUAAGCACAGUAAUCCCGCUUUGGAGUGGAACAAACAGACGCGUUCCACCGAGCUUGAGCACAUGGACAUAUUCAAGGACUUUGAUUUUAUAACCGUCUACGCGCCGGCCAUUAGCUACGAUCGGUUUUUGGUGUGCGGCGAAAGCGUCGAGUUCAAUUGCGUGACGGACUUUGUGGCCACAUUAAAUACGCAUCAGAUUCACCUGAUCUCCUGCAUCAUAAAUCGCGUGCAGCGAUUGCGAGGCAUCCUGGGCCAGAGCUGCUCGGAGUCGUGCCCCAAACCGAGGCCACCUUCGAUUGUCGGCAGCCUGCAUGCCGUCUCCCCGGCGGAUACGCAACUCUUUCAGAGCAUUUGGUCGCAAACGUAUAAAAGUAAACUUAAUAAGGGCUGGGCAAAGGCGCCCGCCUAUGCCAGCUUUGUGGAUGCGCACAGCAGCGAGACGCUGCUCGUGUCCUGCCAGAGCGACUCGGGCAUAAAUAUACCCAAAAAUGAGAUUGGCGUCCAGGUGCCGCGAAACCAUACGCUCGACGCGCAAAGGUUGCCAAAGCAAAGGCUGAGCUAUCCGCGCAGCGUCUCCUUUGUCGCCGGCCAAUUUGCGCUCAAAAUCUACGACGUGCUCGAGGAGGAGGAGGAGAAGGAGGAGGAUCAGCUGAAGCUGCGACCGCUGCUGCUGGUGACCGUAUCGCAGCCGAGCUUCAUGUCCACGCAAACGCCGCGUGCCGUCGUCACACAAGCUUCCGUCUUCGACUUUAACAUACACCUGGCCCGGUCGGACAAGGAGCGCGACUACAUGAGCUUUGAGGAGGCGCUCAACGGGCAGUUUAGCGAGCCCGUCUUCGACACACAGCCCGGCACGCUCGGCAGCUCCGGCAUUCCGCCGCCGCUCUUCAACCUCAAGACACAAAUCGAACGCGGCGUGGACGUGGACGUGGAGCUGCGCAAACCGAUGCAGCUGCGCCUCUGCGAGAGCAGCGUCAAGCUCCUCGCCAGCGAUCUCAUACGCAUCUACUCCCUGCUCAGCCUCACUCCCUACUUCUCGCAGCGCAGCGAACGGCCUGUGGUGCACACGACUCGCAUGCGCCAGCUGAAGCUGCAGUGCUUCAAUGCGGAUCGGCUGCAUUUGGUCUGCGAUCGCGUCACCGUCAAGUUCUACGACGAGGCGCAGAGCUUCAGCUGCAGCGCCGUCUGUCUGGACUUCAGUGCCAAUCUCAAGUUCACGGAUCGGCCGCAAAAGGCGUCCAUUAAGUCGACGCUGGGCUCCUUUUAUGUGCAGACCGGCGACAAGAUCUUGCUGCAUCCGCUGCUGAUACGCCUCUCCGCCGACUUGCUAAGCGAAUCCUGGUGCGAUCAGCUCCUGACCAGCAUCAACCUCAAGCUCAAUGUGCUGCACAUCGAUGCGAGCAUCCAAAACAUUUUACAGCUGAGCCAGGCACGCGACGGAUUGGAUAACAUUAAGGCGCAUGCCAGCGAGGAGUGGCAGCAAUUUCUGCAGCAGCGUCCAUCGUUGGGCCAGGCGCCGGCAAAUCCGCCAAAGGAACUUCAUAAGUACACGCCCUCCCAGGCGGAGAUUGUGCGCUCCAAGUCGUCGCCGAAAACCAAGAUUGAGUUCUACCAGGACGACCUGCGCGCGGGCGCCUUUCAGUUUGUGUAUCUGAACACGGACGCCAUGCUGCCGAUGCCCUACCAGGUGCAGAUCAUCAAGAAGAACUAUGGCAUCAUUUGCUGGCGCUAUCCGCAGCCGCGCCAAAUGAGCCGCAUACACAUCUAUCCCGUGCCCAUGCCCGUGGAGAAUCCCAUCCACAUAAAAUGCCGCAUGGAGUACUUUAGCGAGACGCAUGAAACAUUCCUGCACUAUUGCGAUUUUGAGCUCUCGGAGAUCGCGAGCAAGCAAUUGACGCCGCCGGAUCGGAACAUCAGCGCAAUUAUUUGGCGCGUCGUCAUAAUGCAGUCGCUCAUCUCCGUGAACGGCGCCUGCUUCGAUUCCGAGGAGGAUGAGGAAACGCUCGAGAGCAGCCGCUUGGAGCCGGACCACAACGAUUUCAUCUUGCAUCCGAAGGUUUUGGUCGGCUGCAUGCGCAUCGAUAGCACCUUCCAGCCGGAGCUGGUGCCGAAGCUCCAGCUGCUGCUCUGCUGUCAGAAUAUUGAGAUUAACUUCUUGAAUCAGCCGGAUGUGUCGAGUGUGCUGCCGCCGCCGCUGCAGAAAUAUUAUUUGCGGCGCACCACGAAAAUCACGCAGACAUUUCUCACGCUGCACGUCGACGAUUUGCGGACGUAUGCGUCCGUCUAUACGGCGACUAAUUACAGCGUUGAGACGGACUUUCGCAGUCGCAUCAAGUGUUUGGACUAUGGCUGCCUCAAUAUGCUGGACCUCAUGGAGCCCGUGGCCUUUCAUAGUUAUUUGAGAUUUAAUAGCGCGCAGAGCUUGCUGCAGGCCAACUUUUUGCUGGACAAGCUGCGAUUUAAUUGCGGUCCCUGCGUGAUACACACGCUGCUCUGCUCCAAGCAGCACUGGCAGGAGCUGCUGCAGCAGCGCGACGACGAUGUCGUCGUUCACACUUUGAUGCCCCGGUGCGUCAUUGUCAAUCGCAUGCAGACGUCCUUUGUCUUCGGCCAGACUGGGACGAGCGAACGGAUCAGUUUGGCAGCCCAGGAGCUGCGUCCCUACUACUUCUGCAGCGACGCGCACGGCCAGGAGCUGACGUUCCACAUCGAAGAUGCGGAAACGCAGCAGCUGGAGGUUAGCGAAUCGGUGCCCAUCCCACUCAAGUUCGAGGAGGAGCACCAAGUGCGCCAUGUGCGCAUCGGUCAGCGUUGCCUCAUCACCAUCAAGCUGAGCAAGCUGUCCGCCACCCAGGUGUACAUUCUGGUCAAGGGCCAGAUCGAGCUGGUCAGCAUGGUGCCGUACGAGUUGCUCAUCGAGUUUCGAAAUGAGCCCAAGCCACAGGAUGAACAAGCUUCAAAUGCUUUGGCACAUUUGCUGCCCGCCAAGGGACGCAUUUCUUUCUACCAGGAUGUCGAGCGAAAUGCCGAAAUCAGCAUGAGGCUCAAGCUGAGCUCGAGUCAGGGCAAAGGACGCACUGGCGACAUUCCGCUCAAGUCGAACAAUAGUCUCCCCUGGCUAGUGAAGGUGCCGACCCAGUUGCCGCAGCAGUUCAUCAGCUUUUGGGUGCGCACUGUGCGCGAGGAUAUUGCGCUGGGAUCUGUCGAGGAUUUGCAGUUGCAACGAAUACUCGUCAGCAUUUGGCCGAUAUUCGAGAUUUGCAAUUUGCUCAGCUGCGAGCUGCCGGCAACGGAGACCAGCACCGAGGAGCAGUUCAUUAUCGCCGCAGAGGGCGGCCGUCAAUCCCUGAGCACGGCCACAACGCACGCCACGGAGCACUGCGUCAAGUUCGAUUUUCCCUGCUCGCUCGGCUCCGCCUCGGCAAGCGAAUACACAUUUAAGCUGAGCUCCAUCGACUGGCAGAAGUUCUUCCAUUACGAGCCCGCGGAUUGGCCUAUUGAGCGCACCUUGGAUCAGCUGGACAAGACGCUCCGGCCCAAAUGGCCGCUCAACGAUGCCGCGGAGCUGCGCUUGCAGCGUCCCCAUCAGCUGCUCGCCCAGCUGGAUGUGCAGUAUCGUGCGCGAGCGACUCGCGAGUUCUCGUGCACACUCGGCCUGGAAAUUGCCGCCUGGGGCAUGUUCAUCAAUGACACGCAACUGGAUGUGAGCAUCUGCGCAUCUAACGCUCGCCAUCUGAUCCGGGCCAGCUGCCUGGCAAUGCUGCCCGUGCUGGGCAGCCACUUUACCAUCGAUGCGGCAAUUGGCUCCAGCUGGACACCCUCGCUGCCCAUUUGCCUGGAAAGUCAGCAGCAGCAGACAAUGGGUCGUCAUUUGCUUCUGCGCGCCAAUUCGUUUGUGGAUAUAGUUUUGGUGCGCAAUGCGCAUGUGCUGCGUCUGCUGCUCGAGUUCAAGCUGGAGGAUGGCCAUCGCAUCUUCAAGCUGCGCUCCAAGUUUGUCAUCGCCAACUUUUCGGACGUCAACCUGUCCGCCCUGCCCCUCACCAUGGAUCACAAGGAGAGCUCGUCUCGGUCGGAGGUUAAUUCGCUCGAUUUUGUUGGCAGCAUGCGAAAGCUGGAAUCCGAGCAAGCCCACAUUGGCGUCUCCGUGGAGCUGUUCCACGACCUGAACGCGCACAAGUCCAGGCACACCUGCGACACGGCCUUCGUCUACUUUAUGUGCUUUGUUGUCGCCGGCAAGGAGGACAUUUCCAUACCCAUACCGCUGACGUUGCCCUUCACGCGCCGCUGCUUCAAUCUGCAAGACGGCGCCGAUUCCAUACCCUUGAUGAUCAGCCUGAUCGAGAAGGACAAUGUGCAUUAUUUGAAUGUGUUUAGGGACACGUCGCCGGCGCUAAUCAUCAGCAACAAUACGAAUGUCAAAUUGAUUGUGGCCCAGACGAGCGCCUCGGGCAACAGCAAUGUGACCUGCACCUCGCCCGAGUUCACGGGCAAGCACUUCGAGUGGAAUCAAUUAAUUGCGCCAUAUAGCAAAUGUUACUAUACGCCGCCCCAGCUAUAUGCCAACUUUCCCGACGUCGAGUUCACAAUGUGCAACCUCUCCCUGGCCGUCCACAGCGACCUGGUCGAGUGCGGCAGGAGCAGGAUCAGCUGGUCGAAGCCCAUACGCACGGACAAGUCGUGGCAGAAGUUCAUACAUGUGCCCAAUUAUGGCGACAUCAAGAUCGUGAUCUGUGACAAGCAUCGCGCGAUACGCUUCAACAUCUACUACACAGUUGCCCAGCAGCUGGAGUUCUCCGUUAAGGAUCUGCGCUCGCGCCUCAAGCAGCCGCAAUUUGUCGAUGAGCAGCCGGCGCCAGUGGAAAUGGCAAAGUCUGGCUGCGAGCCGGAGCAUAGAGCUGCGGACUGCAUCCACUUUAGCCAGGAGUGCGAGGCACAUCUGACAAUCGCCGUGCGCUUCUGCAUCAAGAGCUUCGUGCUCAGCCUGCACACAAACGAUCGGGAUCGGGACAAUCUCAAGACCGAGGUGUGCAACAUCUACGCAGACGAUGUGAUGUUGGCCUACGAUGAUGGAGAGGAUGGGCAGCGUGUGCUGCAGCUGCAGCUGCCCAAUCUGCAGGUGGACAACCAGCUGUACUCCAAUGGGAAAUACGAUUUUCCGGUUCUGUUGUGCGCACAGCAGCUGUACAAGCGCGACACCUGCCUGCCCAAGGUGUACGAUCUGGAUGAGGUCUACCGCAACCAGGCCCUGGGCUCCAUUUCGCUGCUGACCUUUGUGCUUUACGAGGAUGAGCUGCAGCUGCAGGCGGUGCGCUGCCAGCUGCAGCCGCUGCGCGUCUACAUUGAGGACGCGUAUCUCAACCAGCUGCUGGACACGCUGGUCGAGUGUGCGCCCUCCAACUGUGUCUAUACGCCGCGCCUGGACAGCAAACGCAUCUCGCUGGACCCGGGCCAGAUCUGGCUACCGGAGCAGGUUGUCGCCCAGGCGCGCUGCAUCGCCGAGCCGCUGCGUCUGAACAGCUUCGUUGUGGAGCCGCUCGGCCUGCUGCUCUCGGUGCACACAUCCUCGCGUCUGUAUAUCGCGCUGGAUCAUUCGCCGCUCUCCUUCUCCCGCUACGAGCGCGAACAGAUUUUGACCGUGCCGCUGCGCUUCGGGCAAUCCCUGGGACUGCACUAUCUGAGCGGUGCCAUCUUUGGCGCCGGCUGGGUCGUCGGCUCGUUGGAAAUCCUGGGCAGUCCCAGUGGACUUGCUCGCUCUUUUACCACCGGCAUGCGUGACUUUAUAUCGAUGCCCGUCCAGGGCCUGUUUCGCGGCCCGUGGGGCUUCCUGGUGGGCAUCACGCAAGGCUCCGCCUCGCUGUUGCGCAAUGUCACCGCCGGCACGGUCAACUCGGUGACCAAGCUGGCCGGCUCCGUAGCCCGCAAUAUUGACCGACUCACGCUGGACGCGGAGCACAUUGAGCUGACGGAGGCGCGACGUCGCGCUCGUCCGCAGGGCUUCGCGGAUGGGUUGACCCUCGGCCUGACUGGACUGGGGAUUAGCCUACUGGGCGCGGUCGGCGGUUUGGCGCAUCAUACGCUCGAGGCGCGCAGCUCCGUGGGCGUCCUCACGGGCCUCACCAAGGGCAUUGUUGGUGCCAUAACCAAGCCGAUUAGUGGAGCGGCCGAAAUGCUGUCGCUCACGGGACAGGGCGUCCUGCAUACGGUCGGAUUUAAUACCAUGCCGCAGCAGGUGGAGCCGAGCGUGACGCGGAAUGUGGCGCUGCAUGCCAGCUCCUAUCGCAUCUGGCGUUUCCUGCCGCAGCAGCUGAGCAGCGAUCAGAUUCUCUUCUUCCAGGAGAUUACACUGCAGCUGCAGCACGCGGGACAACUUCAGCCGGCUCUGCUAUAUCUGACCACCUCGGUGCUGGUCAUUAUGGAGCUCAAGUGCGACGAUCUGAAGUUCAUAUCGCCCAUGCUCAAGGUGGAGCUGCUCGCGGAUCGCGACGAUCCCGCCAAGCUCUACCUGAGCCUCAAGCCCGAGCAGGCCGACGACACGGAGGGCCAGAUGAAGUACACCAACGAGCGCAUCAUUAGCUUCCUGAAUGCAUCCCGCGUCCAUGGCCCGACCAGCGAUUCGCUCAGCGAUCUGCUGCAGCUGCACGACCACGAUCAGGACCAGGACCGGGACCGGGACCAGGACGAGCACGCUCGCCGCCAGACGCAGUGCAUCUUUUACAUUCGACCCAACCUGGGCGAGCAUUUAAUACACUACCUGAAGGUCAUGAGCUCCCGCUGAGCCGAAGUGG